AUGACUACUUCUCCAACUCUCGCAACCAAAACUAUGCCCAAAGAAGAUCGUUUACCAUCUAAAAAUAUCAUUAGUGACUACGAAACUAGUCAGAUACUUAGCACAAACUUUGGUGCUAUGGUGACGAGUUACUCCAUGAACAACACGGACCAACCUGGCAAAGGUCUAGUACACUACAUCAUGAACCCUCGUGAACUUCGAGAAGAUCAUCCAGUUUGGCAUUAUUUCUAUCUUUGUACGCUAAUAUUCGUGGCAUUUGUUUCGCUAUUUAUUGGUCCUGUGAUUUUUGGUAUGCUGGCAGCCAUUGGUGGCAUUGGUACCCCUUUGGCAUUGAGUUUUUUCGGUAGUGCAGUGGGAUUGAUUUUAGGAGUUGUUUUUGGAGUCGUAUUUUCAGUUGUAUGCAUUGUUGCGCUUGUCAGGAUACUUGGAUUGAGUGCUGAAUGGGUUUUGGAUACACUUUGGUAUGGAGGAAAUGAUUUGUUGGAAAUUAGCAGGCAACAAGUUCUUGCGUUGCUUAACAUUCCCGACAACAGCCGCCAUAAUAAUAAUCGUCAUCACCAGCAUCAGCAUUAA